GUGCGGGGUGGUGAGGAGAGCCUUUGAGUGAAUGCAAAGCUGAAAGUGAAACCGGGUGCAGCCCCCAGUAUAAGACACCCCCUGCCCGGGAGAUGGCUGGCCAAAGAGGCUGGGCCCCGCCAUGGGCCAGGAGGCAGGCGACCUUGGCUGGCGGCUCAGCCUGUUGCUGCUCACCUUGCUCCUGGCUCGAGCUGGAGUCUGGGGAUUCCCCAGGCCCCCGGGGAGGCCUGCCCUGAGUCUGCUGGAGCUGCGCCGGGAGUUCAAGGUCAGCCUCCAGCUGGCCAGGAAACUGCUCUCCGAGGUCCGGGUCCAAGCCCUCCACUUUGCUGAAUCUCACCUGCCAGGAGUGAACCUAGACCUUCUGCCCCUAGGAGAGCAUCUCCCCAAUGUUUCCCUGACCUUCCAGGCCUGGCAUCGCCUCUCUCACCCAGACCGGCUCUGCUUCCUGUCCACCACGCUGCGCCCCUUCCACACGCUGCUGGGCAGGCUGGGGCACUGGGGGGGCUGGAUCGACUCAGAGAGGAGGCAACUGUGGGCUAUGAGGCUGGAUCUCCGGGAUCUGCAGCAACAUUUCGGAUUUCAGGUGCUGGCAGCAGGGUUCCACACCCCUGAGGAGGAGGAGGAGGAAGAGAAGAAGGGGAUGGGGUUGCCCCGAGGGGCCCCCGGAGGCCCCCCACCCAUGUCUUCCCAGGCUUCCUGGCCCCAGCUCCUCUACACCUACCAGACACUGCACUCGUUGGAACUUGUCCUGUCCCGGGCUGUUCGGGACUUGCUGCUGCUCUCCCAGGCCGGGGACUCCACCCAGACCUUGGGGUCCCCCACACUUACACCCCAGCCCUGAUGGGGUGACUGACUUCCAGGCCCCUUCUUUUCACCCUUCGGGACAGCAAGGGUGGAUUCCAGUCCUCAGACUCUUUUGCCUCAGCUGAGGCCAAUCUCUGGCCGCAAUUCCAAGCCCAGACCCUCCCCGAUAAUUUAAGGCCCCUUUAGUCCUUUCAGAUAUUUAUUGCUCAGAUAUUUAUUUAUUCUUGAGGGAAAUGAUGGUUUAUUUAUUGUUUCGGGGCCUGGCUGGUUUUUUUCCAGCCAGGCCGCCAUGUUGGGUGCCCAAUAAAGCACUCUCAUCC